AUGCUUUUAACGAUACUUGCUCGAAUGUCAAAUGAUGAACAACGUUUACAAUUAUUACAAACACUUCGAAAUAAAUUAUCUAAUUAUAAUCUCAAUUGGUUAGAUAUACGAAAUAUAAUUAAUUUAUUUUCUAAAAAAGAUCAAAUACGUUUUGAUAUUUUACAAUUUCUUCUUUUACAUAUAAAUAAUUUAACAAAUAAAAUUGAUAUUGAUGAUUAUAUUUAUUUAUCUAAUCAAUGUACAAAUAAUAAUGAACAAAUAAAAUUUUAUUUAUUUGAAUUAAUAUAUAAAAAAUUAAAUAUUCAAAAUACAUAUGAUUUUCAACGUAUAAUUAAUUUAUUUCAAACAAUAAAUAUGAAACAAAAAGUAGAAGCUAUGAUUCAAAUUAAUCGAUCGGAUUUAAUCAUAGAUAAACCAGAAGGUAUAAAUAAAUUGAAAUAA